UUAGUUUAACCUAGCCAGGUAGUUAGAAAUUACUGCCGGUUACUACGUUGAGUUUGAAAAUGUCGCUGAUUUUUCGCAAUUUGUUAACAAGAUUGCAAGCAUGUCCUUAUCGGUUUGCGGCAUUCAGUACAACAUUAGAAACUCCGCCAGUGAGUGAGGAAAUAGAGCCGAUCAUCUCGACGAGAAGUUAUCUGAACGAUGAUCGACUUUACGCCAAACAUAGAGAGGUAUGGCUAGAAAAUUUGGAUACUUACAAGGAAAAGAAGUUGGGUCUUGUCACCUUACAUCCAGAAAUAUUUGCAACUCUACCACGCAUUGAUAUACUACAUCAGAAUAUCAGAUGGCAACGACUGUAUCGCUUUGUUUCAUACGCUCAUACAAAAGUAAGGUCAGAAGUACGAGGAAGUGGUCGUAAACCUAGACCACAAAAGGGAACUGGAAUGGCCCGUGUAGGAAGUAUUCGGUCACCACUUUGGCGAAAAGGAGGUAGAAUUCAUGGGCCUCGUUCUCCUACAACACACUUUUUCAUGCCACAUUUUUAUACACGUGUACUGGGCCUUAUGUCAGCUUUAUCAGUGAAGCUGGCUCAAGAUGAUCUACAUCUUAUCGAUAAACUUGAUAUCCCAUCGCAAGAUCCUGAUUUUAUGCUUACUUUAAUCGAAGAGAGAAAUUGGGGGCCCUCGGUACUUUUUGUCGAUACCGACGACAUCAUGGCAGAAAAUAUAACAAUAGCAACCGAUCAGAUUAAACACGUAAAUUUGAUGCCAGUUUACGGAUUAAAUGUUUACAGUAUGUUGAAACAUGAUACUUUAGUCCUCACUGAAAGAGCAGCACGUCACAUAGAAGAUAAAUUAUUGUUUCACUUAAAUAGAUCCGACAGUAACCGACUUACGAAAAAGUUUAAGGUUAAUCAACAGUAAAUAGUAUGAGGUUGAAUUAAUAAUGUACAUUUAAUUCAUUUAAAUAAAAUACCAUAAGAUGUUUCUUUCAAA